CAAAUGAUUCGGUCGCAAACAAUAACACGCGUCCUCGGAUAGUUUCCUCAUCACCUGACCAAUCGCUGCCGAGCAAACCACUGAGCUGCAUGGUGAUUGCUGAGUCUUUCAGCCGCUGUCCAAUCAAACGAGUCGUGCAAGAGGAACGAGGGGCUAGGCUACAGCGCGACAUUCAAAUCUGGGGAAACUAGAGGAUACCGUGCGGGAAGAGCGGACAUGGCGACUGUGGUGCAGCCGCUGACAGCCAGCAUGAGACUGCAGCCUCAAUACAAAGAACAACGAAGAAAAAAAGUAGAGGAAUAUUUAUCCAAAAAAAUGUCUACUUCGAAACCUACUCAGCAGAUCCUGAAACCUGAAGUUAGGUCACCUUUAAUACAGAGAGAUAAUCAGACUCAUGGAAGGAGAACAGAAAUUGUUAAACCCACUGUGCAAAAAUUUGUUAAUAAAGAAAACCUUGAGACGCGCUCUUUUGCUGAUGCAAAAAAUGAUUCUGAAAAAGACACACAUCAUUCAAAUUCAGCUGCCUUGGCAAAGAAAAAUGAAAGCCAGACUUUAACUUUUAGCCAAUCUUUCUUAAAAACCAAAAGUCUAAAAGAAAAACAGCUUAAGGAUGUAAAGUUAAAAGUGGAGACAGUGAAAGGCGUCCCAGAGAAGCCGGUUAAGCCGGCACUCGGGAUCUAUCGCGGAAAAAUCAUUCAAUCCAAGAUUAACUCCUUUAGGGCGACUUCUGUAAGUACAGACAGCAAAACUCCAGCAGUGACGGCACAGACAACUGCAGCGACCAAAUUAAAAACAUCCACCAUUACUGUAAAACAAAUGCCGAAGCCAGCUCCUGCCGCCACUGAGCAAAGAAAGACUGCGGCAAAGAUUGGGCCUCAAAUCAGACCUUCAACUAGUGUUGGCAUCACAAACAAGAAGGACACAGCGACUGCUAACAGACCCGCAAGUUCCUUCAUGGAGAGAAAGUCAAUGGGCAAGACGCUGUCACAGAGACCAGUUCCUGAUAAGGCUCCAAAGACUGUAACUUUAGGCAAACAACCUGAGGACUUAAAAAAGGGGAAAAUCCAAGUGGGUCUGGUGAAGCCCAUGCUCCGACCUCAGCAAGACAAGUCCGCUCAACCUGUGGCUGCUGGAAAUAAAUACAAGAGGCCUACAGAAUCUGUAGAGGAAAGGAAGGCCCGCUUGGCGGAGUGGAGAGCGGCAAAGGGAAAGGUGAUGAAAAGGCCUCCCGUAGCAGUAGUGAUCUCUACUGCAAACAAAGUAGGGAAAGAAGAACCAGAUGUUAAAAGUGAACCUGAUCCCCCGAAAGAGAACCCAGAAACUCGCCAAUUCUUCUGGGCCGCCAUGGCAGAAGAAGAUGAGCAGGAGGUGUUCACACAGAAGGUCACACAGAUAUUUGGAGACUGCCUAAAGUUAAUUGAUGAGGGCAUCCCAAAGGAUGAUGUUCUUGCCAUAUUGGAGAAACAUAUCGAGAGUAUUCCAGAAGCCAAAAAGUUUUCCAAAUUCUGGGUCUGUCUUGCGCACCUGGAGAAACGUGAGGGGCAACUAGAAAAAGUUAUUGCAAUUUGUGAGGAAGCUGCAGCAGCUGGAGCACAGCCCUUGGAUGAGCUGCGGAGUAUUCUUGCAGAUGCUUUGGAAAAUCUGAAGGCUGUUUCAUCUGAUUCUAGGGAAGAAGUCAAGCAUGAAGCCCAGCAUAAUGCAGAAGUCACAAAAUUGGAGGACAAUGAGGUUAAAUCAGAGCCUGUUGACGAGGAAGGAGAUGCUGUUAAGGGAAAGAGGAGCAGGAGGAGGAAAACAGGGAAAAAAGUUACAAUAUCAGAAGAAACCCAGACUAUAGAGGACGAGGAAAAGCCUGUUGCUGAGCUCCUGACACCAGAAAACCGAGAUGAUGCAACCGUGAUAAGAUUCAAUGUGCGAUCGACCCCAAACUUACAGAAAAUGAAGACAAAAAUUCAUAUGAAUGAAUGUAGUUCUACCUUCACGGAUUUUAAGUUCAUAACCCCGGUGAGGCGUUCCCAGCGCCUGGAGCUGAAGUCCCAUAAUCUGCCGGAUAUGCUGAAAGACCACGACCCUUGUGUUUCUGGAAUUGCUCAGCUGGAAGACUUGGACUCGUGUCCUAGUGCAUAUAUUUUCAGGAAAAACCACGCUCUCGAUGAUGUCACGGUGAAAAACGUUCCAAAAUGAGCCUAGAUCCAAUGCACGGUAGCACGUAUACGGUUGCUUGCUUGCUGCUGCCAAUAACAUUUGUUACUGUUUGCAGGAAUCCUAUUGCUCUGCAGGGCUCUAUGUAUACGAAAUGGCAAUGGCCAAUACUUUAUAAAAUUUCUUUUGUUUUUAUAAAAAAAAAAGCAUCCCU